UGAUGGAUUAUGUCUUUUGAGAAGCGAUUGUGUGAUACAGCAUGAUCGGAUCAGUAUGAUUGCCUUGUAUAGCAUAUAAUCAUAUGCAAGGCUCGCUUUAGCAGCCACUCUUAUUCACUUAGUCUGUGCUCUUGCCGACGUUCAGUGCCUGAGAUAAUCCUCUGAAUUCCUCCAGAACACUGGCAUAGAUGUCAUGUUGAGACUUUUGCGAGCGGUGGAUUAAUAUGCUGAUAAUGUCCCGCUAUGGCCACGCUCGUCUAGAAUUUCGAGCCGUCGGUGUUGAUUUCCAAGGGAUGAUACCUGUCAGCACCAGCUGUCGCGCCUGCACAGUCCACUGUCCGCUCAUCGCAUGCUCGCGAAUUGGCACUUUCCAAGUUCUCAUUGAUGAGCUCAUGACUCACCAAGAUGAAGUUUCCAAAGCUUAAUUGGAUUCGGAUUCCGCAAAACAGUCUGACUAGGUCAAGAUCAAACCCUGGGCGAAGUAUGAGGUCCAGCUGCAGGGGCUGUCCUUGGAUG